AUGCGAUCUUGGGAACCAGAUUUCAAUGCUUUCCAAUCUCCUAUUAAUAAGAUCACUGCGCGGGUGAGGCUUCCAGGGUUUCCUAUUGAGUACGUGAACACCCCUCUGAUAAAAAGUGUUGGAGAUUGGAUAGGCAAGUUUAUUCGCUUGGAUACGGCUACAACAAAUCUUGCUAGGGGUAAGUUCGCCAGAAUUUGUGUGGAGGUUGAUUUAACCAAACCUCUAAAAGCGAAAUAUUUGAUUGAAGGAAGAUAUAAGCAGGUGGAAUACGAAGGUCUUCAUCUCAUUUGUUACUCUUGUGGCAAGUAUGGCCAUAGAGCUGAAUCUUGUAACAGCAACUCGGGGUCGAAUGGUGUGGCUGAAGGCGAAGGAGGAAUGGCUAUUGAUGUAGAUGGUCAUAUGGAUAAGGGGACAGCUGGGGUUGAGGAGGACAGUCAAGAAGGCUUCGGGCCUUGGAUGGUGGUAACUAGAGGAGGAAAAAAAGGAAGAUUUGCUUAUGGUAAAAGGGAAGUUAGAGGAGGAAAGGAGGCGAUAGGAAGCAAUACUAACUUUGAACAAAUACCGAAGGAGGAUAAACACGAAACAGAAGAAAACAAUGAAGCUGCUAAUGUUCAACGCGUUGAAGGUUUAGAUAAAGCAAUUAUUUUGGUGGAUGAGGAGAAGACUCGGACUUCAAGCAGACAGAAAAGGCAAGGAUCCAAUGAUAGAGUUAGGCUUGUGGAAACUCAAAAUGCUUUCAAUCUUGUUUGGGACGAUAUUAUGAGUCAAGACAAGGAAAAGGAGAUAAGUGUGAUUAAUCAAAAGGAAAUCUUCAAACGGAUUCAAAACACAGUGCAUGUGCGUUUAAAUCCAACUUUUGAUGGAACUAGGGAAGAUGCUAGUUUAGGGCAGUUGAUGGUGGAAGAUACAAAAAUAAGUUUGACAGGUACUGCGUCAGAUAUGCAUGUACAACACUUUAAACAGGCUUCAGAUGGUAGGGGUAGAGUGCAACAUUUGAAACCUCCUGAUACAAAAAAUAGGGGGCAUAAAGAGAGCAAUGCCAAUCCGAGAGCCAUAGUCUCCCAACGUGGAGUAGGAAGGAAUUUAACUGGUCGGUUGUCUCAGGUGCAAUCUCAGCAUGGAUCUUCCAAUAAAGAAACUCGUACUGGUGGUGUAAACAGUAGAAGGCUAAUGAAGAAACUUCAGUUUAAUUCUGCUAUCUUUGAGGAGGCUAAUGGUUUUUCGGGUGGUAUUUGGGUGCUGAGUAACGAUAAAAAGGCAAGAGUGCAACUUUUGUCUCAGUCGAAUCAGUUUAUUCAUAUGACUGUGAAGAUUGAUGAUGGUCCUAGUUUUCUUUGCACGGCUGUUUAUGGCAGUCCUAGAGAAGACGAAAGGCAUGUUAUGUGGGAUGAUGUUAAGCAAUUGAGUCUCAACGUUAACCUUCCUUGGAUUUUAGCUGGUGACUUUAAUGACAUAAAAUGCAUGGGGGAGAAGAAGGGAGGUUCUCAACCUGAUUCGAAUAAAUGUGAUAGGUUUGCAGAUGUUGAAGUCCGAAUUCUUCCUAGGCAUCAUUCCGAUCAUAGUCCCCUUCUUGUGAAAUUCUCCAAUCGUCCCAAUCUUUGGCAAGAUCGACCGUUUCGAUUUAUUGCUUCUUGGUUAGACUAUCCCAACUUCAACGAUCUGAUGCAGGAUAAGUGGAAUAAGAACGUUGAUUUUAAUCAGAUGCUCAAUAGAUUUGUUCCAAUUCUUAAAAAGUGGAAUAAGGAGGUGUAUGGAAACAUAGGUAGAAGGAAGAACAGUUUGGUUAAUGAUAUUGCCUCUGUCCAAUUAAAGAGGUCUGUUGCGGAUAGUCCGAAUCUUCAUGAACUGGAAAUCAGUUUGCAAAAUAGUCUUGAUCAUGUGCUGGAGGAGGAAGAAUUGUUGUGGUUUCAAAAAUCCAGACAUAAUUGGAUUAUGGAUGGAGAUAAAAAUACGAAGUUUUAUCACUUGCGGACGGUUAUUAGAAGAAGCAGUAACAAAAUUUCAAGGUUGCGUAGUGAGACCAACCAAUGGAUUGAAAAUGUGAAUGAGUUAAAAGAUCCUGUCUGCAGUUUUUAUAAAACUUUGUUUACAGAAGAUAUCGAAGAGAGAAGAUGGCUCGCGUCUGCCAAUCACUGGACGUCACUGUCUAACGCUCUAAAGGAUGAUUUGAUUAAAGUUCCUAGUAUGGCUGAGGUCACUAAGUUAUUGAAUGGCAUGAAUGCGUUUAAGGCACCUGGUCUAGACGGCUUCCCUGCAAUUUUCUUCCAAAAAUAA